AUGCACCACCGUCUCCGUUCUCAUGUAAUUCUCCUUUUUUCUUUUUCCUUUUUUCUUUUUUCUGUUCUUUCUACUGUGGCUGGAUGGACGACGGUGGGAUCUUUACAACCAAACUGCGCGGCCUCAUAUUCGCAGGCGGUUGAUCUCGACAACCCCAACGUUCUCCCUGGCGCUAUUGGGACCGUCCGUACGUAUGAAGGAUGUUUUCAGCGACACCGUGAUCGAUUUGUUGUUGUGUCCCCACAACGAACUACACCGUCACCAAAGUUAUUUCCAUCGUGUCAGUAUUUUCUACAGCAAAAUAAAACUCUGACAAUGUAUUAUCUAGUCUCAGAUAUUUGUCGUAUGGGACAUAGUACAAAGGAUGCACCUCAUUUAAUGACGUUUCUUAUUGAUUACUUUGCCCCAUGUUCACUUCUCUGUAGAAAGAAUUCAACACGUCUUCGUGUUCAACUGAAAAUUCUCUAUGGUAAUGUUUGUGCAUCUUAUCCGGUGCCAAAGUUAGAUAGGUCUUUUAGAACAGUAGUCUUGGGAUGGUUUCAAGCCUUGCUUCGUAGUGAUUCACCUUUUAUGAAAUUAAUGUCUUCAUGGGGUAUUGAUUUUGUUACUUCACGUUUACCCACUGGUAAUGUAAAAAUACUUGCUGAAGAAAUUUUUUACAAGGAAGCAAUGCAAGAGAAAGGUUUUUUCUGUCCUCGUGGGGAUCAAGUACCUUUAAAUGUUAAUAAUAUUUCUAUUCUUGGUACUUCUGCUGGGAAUUUGGAGAUAAAUAGUGGACUUCGAAUCAUUGUUCGAUGGGAACGUUUUCGUUGGUUUCGUACUCGUGCUCAGGCAAAUCUUUUUAGGGAAUGUCUUUUGCAGUAUUAUGAAAUUCCACCUCGUCCAAAGGAAACCUCUUUAUUGCUGCUUCGACGCCCUGGUGAAAGACAUUUUGAUGAGAGUAAAUGGUAUAAUUUACUUAAUGCUACCUUAGCAUCAUGUGAGGCAACAGUAAAUAUGGAAACUUUUUCUUCAAUGUCUUACUAUCGUCAAGCAUCCCUUAUGCAUAAUAGUUCUAUUUUUAUAGCAGCUCAUGGUGCUGGAGUUGUGAAUAUUAUGGCUAUGACUCCAGGAAGUGUUGUUGUAGAAUUAUUUCCACAUGGUUUUCGUUAUGCCAUGUAUGAAGAAUUGGCAAUUCUUUUAGGUCUUCAUUACAUUCCCUACGAGAGUCCAAAGGUUUGGCCUCCCAAAUGUUGUAGUGUACGUUGGGAAGACCGGGCAUCAAAGUUCAUGCCACCACUGAAAAAUGAAACUCUACCAAAAACAAGUUUUGGUGUACGUUCAUGUAAGGAAUGUGAUAUUAAAGUUUCUUUUAAUGAUAUGACGAUGAUAAUACGUGAUGCAUUAAGCCUUUUGGCUGCUCGUGAAGAAGAAGAAGUAUAG